ACAGCUUCUGCAACAACAACCAUGACAGCUUUAACCACAACAACAGCAGCUUCAACAACAACUGCCGGUGCUUCAAAAACAGCCACAUUUGUCCCUCGGUCAACCUCAGUUGCUACAACAACAACCAUGGCAUCUCCAAUUACUAUCACAAGUACCCCAAUGCAAACCACAGCUGCCCCAACUACAGCAAUGGCAGCUCCAAACACUACCACAGCUGCUCCAACAACCAUGACUGAUACAACUACAACCACGGAAGCUACAACCACACCCACAGCAGCCCCAACAACAUCCACAGGUGCUCCAGCAACAACCACAGUUGCUGCGAGUGCAACCACAGCUUCUGCAACAACAACCAUGACAGCUUUAACCACAACAACAGCAGCUUCAACAACAACUGCCCCAACUACAACCGCAGCUGCAUCAACUACUAUAACAGCAAUUCUAAAAACAACUACAGCUGCUUCAACAACAACCACACAUGCCCCAACUGCAACCACAAUUGCCCCAACUGCAACCACAGUUGCCACUACACCUGCCCAACAAACAACAGAAGCUACAACCACAACCACAGCAGCCCCAACAACAGCAAUGACUGCUCCACCUACUACCACAGCUGCUCCAACAUGUUCUCCAGCAAUAACCACAGUUGCUGCGAGUGCAACCACAGCUUCUGCAACAACAACCAUGACAGCUUUAACCACAACAACAGCAGCUUCAACAACAACUGCCCCAACUACAACCACAGCUGCAUCAACUACUACAACAGCAAUUCUAAAAACAACUACAGCUGCUUCAACAACAACCAAACAUGCCCUAACUGCAACCACAGUUGCCCCAACAACAUCCAAGGGUGCUUCAAAAACAACCACAUUUACACCCACAGCAGCCCCAACAACAUCGACAGGUGCUCCAGCAACAACCACAGUUGCUGCGAGUGCAACCACAGCUUCUGCAACAACAAAUGAUACAACUACAAACGUGGUUGAUACAACUACAACCGCGGUUGUUGCAGCCCCAACAGCAUCCACAGGUGCUCCAGCAACAACCACAGUUGCUGCGAGUGCAACCACAGCUUCUGCAACAACAACCAUGACAGCUUUAACCACAACAACAGCAGCUUCAACAACAACUGCCCCAACUACAACCACAGCUGCAUCAACUACUUCAACAGCAAUUCUAAAAACAACUACAGCUGCUUCAACAACAACCACACAUGCCCCAACUGCAACCACAAUUGCCCCAACUGCAACCACAGUUGCCCCAACAACAUCCAAGGGUGCUUCAAAAACAACCACAUUUGUCCCUCGCAGCCCCAACAACAUCCACAGGUGCUCCAGCAACAACCUCAGUUGCUGCGAGUGCAACCACAGCUUCUGCAACAACAACCAUGACAGCUUUAACCACAAAAACAGCAGCUUCAACAACAACUGCCCCAACUACAACCGCAGCUGCAUCAACUACUACAACAGGUGCUUCAAAAACAACCACAUUUGUCCCUUGGUCAACCUCAGCUGCUACAACAACAACCACGGCAUCUCCAAUUACAAUCACAACAGCCCCAACAGCAUCCACAGGUGCUCCAGCAACAACCACAGUUGCUGCGAGUGCAACCACAGCUUCUGCAACAACAACCAUGACAGCUUUAAACACAACAGCAGCUUCAACAACAACUGCCCCGACUACAACCGCUGCUGCAUCAACUACUACAACAGGUGCUUCAAAAACAACCACAUUUGUCCCUCGGUCAACCUCAGCUGCUACAACAACAACCACGGCAUCUCCAAUUACAAUCACAACCACAGUUGCCGCAACAACAUCCAAGGGUGCUUCAAAAACAACCACAUUUGUCCCUCGGUCAACCUCAGCUGCUACAACAACAACCACGGCAUCUCCAAUUACAAUCACAAAUACCCCAACACAAACCACAGCUGCCCCAACUACAGCAAUGGCAGCUCCAUUUACUACCAGAGCUGCUCCAACAACCACGACUGA